GGAUAGUGGCCUAGGUAACCAUGGGAUUCAAGUCUAUUCUAUUGUGAAGGGGAGGAAGAGGGUUCUUGGUUGCUGGUCCAUAGAUAAUUUUCCCCAGGAGUCCUGUGGGCAUUCUUAAUAGAAUAGGUAGAGAUGCAUAAGCUAAAUUCACAUCAUUCCUCACAACACCGACCCACCCCCAUCCUCCAUUACCACCACUACCCCACCAUUGCCGACUACUUUCUACCCUGAGUUCGCUUGUGUGAGUAAGGUAGAGACUUGGAGAGAAAGGAAGCAAAUUGAGCUCUUGCCAUCUUUACUCGCUCUGAUAAAUUACGGUUUGCAUGUGGGUGCAGUUAAUCAAAGCUUUGAUAGAUGGCUGUCUUACAGCGUGUACAACCUGGAAAUGAUUUGGUUAAACGGAGGACAUCCGUGUACUUUCAGAAUCAAUGCAAUUAUUGUUUGCCACCUCGACAACAUCUAGAGUGGCAGCACUGAUUUGACUGACCUGUUAUUGAUGGCGGUGUCCACUCUUCCUCCCUAACCUCCUUGAACCUUUGCAACCUCCUCCUCACCACCACCCCCCCAGCAAACAUACACAUCCCCCACCCUCAGCGCGCGCGCGCCCCGCCAUUCAGCCCAGCACUUAAAACCCCAAGAAUGCAUAGGCGAGGUCGAGUUUUCAAAGGAAAAGUUGGGAACUCCUGCUCGCGUUGGAAAGUGUUAAUCAGCAGGAAAGAGUGUGAUCAGUGGAGCUAUUCACUUGAACGUCACUCUGGUACAGGGGUUAGUGAAGUGAUUGUGGCGCCUAGGGACUGAAGGAAGGCAUAUUCCACUCCAGUCAGGUGUUAUACACUGAGAAAUGUCUACAUUAGUUCUCUAUAGCUCUCCGCAAGUGAGCCGGUACAGGAAAGAGACCAGGACCCCAGCAAUGGAAAAGCCCUCACGGGAAGAUCAGAGUUGCAGCCUGGCUUGAUCUCAGCAUCUAGAAACCUCUGGUCACCAAUCAGUGGGUACAGUAAAGCAGAACCCAGCUGCGGUAGCGUGUUAGAGCAGACGCCUCUCCUCGCUCGUUGAUAACCGGGAACUUCUGUACCAUGUCAUACCCUCAGUUUGGAUACCCUUACUCUUCUGCACCACAGUUCCUGAUGACCACUAAUUCCUUGACUACUUGCUGUGAGUCCAACGGUCGGACGUUAGCAGACUCGGGGGCAGCCGGCUCAGCUCAGACCCCAGUCUAUUGUCCUGUGUACGAAAGCAGGCUGCUGGCCACAGCGAGGCACGAGCUCAAUUCCGCAGCUGCCUUGGGAGUGUAUGGGAACCCUUACACCGGCACCCAGGGCUACGGAAACUACGUUACCUACGGCACUGAAGCAUCUGCCUUCUAUUCUUUGAAUAGUUUCGACUCAAAAGAUGGGACAGGAUCUGCGCAUGCGGGCAUCACCCAGGCUGCGGCCGCUUAUUAUCCUUAUGACCACACGCUCAGCCAGUAUCAAUAUGACAGGUAUGGUACCAUGGAUGGUGGAACAAGGAGAAAAAAUGCUACCCGGGAAACCACAAGUACCUUGAAGGCCUGGCUUCAGGAGCACCGAAAGAACCCUUAUCCCACAAAGGGUGAGAAGAUCAUGCUGGCUAUCAUCACUAAGAUGACCCUCACCCAGGUCUCCACUUGGUUUGCCAAUGCCCGAAGGAGACUCAAGAAGGAGAAUAAGAUGACUUGGCCACCUCGAAACAAAUGUUCAGAUGAGAAGAGGCCCUAUGAGGAGGAAGAAGAGGGAGAGGAAGAAUCCCAAGAAGAACAUAUCAAAAAUGAAAAGAAUGAUGAACGCGUUCGAAAGGAGGAGAAGGAACUCGAACUAAGUGACUUAGAUGAUUUCGACCCCAUAGAAUCCGAGAGCUCAGAGUGCGAACUGAAGCCGGCUUUCCAGCACCUGGACAGCGGUCACAUGCGGGCUGCUUCUGCAAGCGCAGAUUGCCCAGGAGAUCCUUGUAAAGAGUCUGCCACCUCUCUCAAAAUGUCGGUCCCUGGAGGCGUCCAGUUGGAGGAAGAUAUGGAGCGUGCCAAAAACUGUCUCAAAAGCGUAGUGGAUGAAUGUGAGCAAGAUCUAGUAGUGGGAGGGCGACAGAGGGGCUGCGAUUCUAAAAUGUGCUUUCAGCAGCCGGGGGAGUCCCAGAUCCUGGAGGCCAAGCCCCGAAUCUGGUCCCUAGCUCACACAGCCACUUCUCUUAACCAGACUGAGUACCCAUCCUGCAUGUUGAAGCGCCAAGGACUCUCCACUUCUUCCUCAUCUGCCUCCUCUUCUUCCUCCACUGCGGUCUCGGCUCCCAGCGGCCUCGAAAGGCACCAAGAUUCCCCUGUCACCAGUCUCAGAAACUGGGUGGAUGGAGUCUUUCACGACCCCAUAUUCAGGCACAGUACUUUGAAUCAAGCCUUGAGUAACACUACAGUGUCCUGGGCUACCACCAAAGGAGCAAUACUGGAAACGGGAGCCCUAGGACGCUCUCUGGGGAACAGCACGGACAUGCUAAAGGGACAUCUGGCAAACUUCCCCCCACACCACCACCACCACGACUCCAAUAAGGAGCUCCUCUCCUUUCCCAAAUCUGGCAGCAAAAUGUUCUGUUCUUAACAGCCCCGCCCCAACUGGGGCCCAGAACGUUCUUAUCCUAGGCAGAAGUGGACACAAGCUUGAAAGGAGAGUGGGGGAGGGGGGACAUAGGGAGGGGAAGAGCUUAAGUUUGAAGAAUAAACUUUUUUUCUACAAAUAAAUAAAUAAAUAAAAAUAAGCCUAACACAAAUCAAGAAGCAAGUAAACCAACCAUGUCAAACCAAGUAAUCCAAAAUAGAGGAUUUAAAAGUCUGUUUUGCUUAGGUUUACCGAAGAGACUAUUUUCAUUCCGUCUUGAGAAGAGUUUCCCUUGCCUACAACUUUGAAAAGAAUCAGUGCCGGGAUCCUUAUUUAACUUCAUGUCUAAAGAAAAAAAAAGAAGGGGGAAAACGCGUGCUAUAUUUUAGGAGUACUUAACAAACAGAAAGUUUACAUCUAAAGGUUUACAUUGAGGCAAUGUUUCCAUACCGUUUCAACAGUGAGUUUUCCAUUUCAGGCAUGCCAAUAUUAGUUAUAAAGACUUUUCAGACUUUACCCUUCUGAUUUCAUUGUUAGCAUAUAAUUCUCACAAACAACACUUCUCCCAGGUUUACACUAUUGCACAAACUUAACCUUGCAAAUAAGAUGUUUUAAAGAGGUAUGUUCACAUCAAUGGAUUGUCUGUUUCAGAGGUUUAAAAUAAUAAUACUAAUAAAACAGAGUGAUGGUGUUUUGCA